CGCGAAGUUUACCUCAUAAAUAAUUGACGAAAAAAAGUAAACAAUCACAUUGUUACAAAAAAAGUGAAAUUAAUUAAUAAAUCAUGGCAGGAAUACUAUUUGAGGAUAUUUUUAAUGUCAAGGAUAUGGAUCCAGAGGGAAAGAAGUUUGACAGAGUGUCCAGACUGCAUUGUGAAUCAGAAUCUUUUAAAAUGGACCUCAUUUUGGACAUAAAUACAUGGAUUUAUCCGAUGGAACUUGGUGACAAAUUUCGAUUAGUUCUGGCUACAACACUACAAGAAGAUGGAAGACCUGCAAGUCAAGAAUAUCUAGCGAGUGAAAUUGAUGGAUCCAGAGCUGACAGUUUUGAGUAUGUCAUGUUUGGACAAGUCUACAGAAUAGAAGGAGACGAAACAGAAGCAUCAAGUCGAUUGUCAGCAUUCGUAUCGUUUGGUGGACUUCUAAUGAGAUUACAAGGUGAUGCAAACAAUCUCCACGGCUUCGAAAUUGACCAAAAAAUCUAUCUCUUAAUGAAAAAAUUGGCAUUUUAAUUUCUAUUCCUUAAUAAACAAGAAUUUUUAUUUUUAACCGUG